GUCGUGACUGUGUGACGCUGUCUGUGACGGUGACCCGACUCUUUGGGAAGUGUGCCUCGACACCUUUUGUCAACCUUAGUUACUUUACCUUUCUUGAACCCAAGUUUGUAUCGAUCAAACCUUUUCAGCCUCGCUGGUGCCUCGCCCUUACUGCCACGAUUCACAUCUCCAAACUUAAUUAAUUUAUCCGAUCUCAGGGCGAAUUUCUUUCCUCUUACACCUUCUUCUCAUGGCCUUCUCCCAUUUCCUCUAAACAUGUUCUACGGCCCCGCAUCUGGCCGGGGUCCUCAAGCUACCGACUGAUAGACGCCGACGUAGGCCUCUGCCUAGACAGCAACGAUACUCUGUCGAUAACUUACACCAUUUCGAUAGUCGAUAUCCAUCUGUCGUCUUCUAUCAUCCCUCCCUCUUGGGCUGCGUGGGCAGUCAUCGCCACUCCGCCCAUCCACUCGAUCGCAUCCCACGAACGACGACAUCAUGGCGACCCUCUUCCAGUCAUUCCGGAGCUCCUCGAUGCCAAAGAGGCUGCUACGAUAUGCCCUUUCUCGACUGGAACUUCUCGAUGCCGAGGCUCUCAAUAUUGAUAAUCUAGAUUUGGCAAUAGGAAGGAAUACAGUCCUCGAAUUUCGCGAUGUCGGGAUCAAGCUAAAGAAACUCAACAAGCUGCUACAGCUUCCCGACACAUUCAGAUUGCAAAAAGCCAAGGUUCUGCUUCUGCGAGUCACCAUCCCGAUGGACUUUUAUACGAGUCCUAUAAUAGUCGAGGUCGAUGGUGUUGAUAUUGCACUGCAAGUCAUAGGAACGGAAUCCAAACCGACUCGCUCAUCGGGCACAAGGACACCCGAAGAGACCGCCGCUGUACCGAACACCGUCGACCUUGCGCAAUCAUUCCUCGAAACGCAGCCACGAUCAGAGCGAAGGAAACUCGAGGAUGCUUUGGCCGCCGAAACCCAGGAUCUUGGCGCUUCCGUCGCUAUGAGCGAUGAUGGCAGUGAAGACGAUUUGGCAUACGGGACAGGCCAAGCCCUUUCCCUUCCAGCAUUUUUGGCCGACUUUUUGCAGGGCAUCGUCGACCGGACGCAGGUUAGGAUAAAAGGUGUUAAUUUUCAGCUGGAUGUUGAGGUGCCUGUUGAGCCAAACUCCACUACGACCGAGAUGGUGUCAUUUCAAGUUGCACUUGAGGGUAUCGAUGUCGAGGGUGUUACCACUGCCUCUGAUAACGCUGAAGGGUCCCCCAUCAUCGUACCAAAGGAGGGCAAGCGUCAUGUUUCAUUGUCAAACGUACGGGCGUACCUCAUUUCAGAAGCAAAUGUCUUUUCUGCUUUGGCGAGAUCACCUUCUAUCACUUCACCAUCGCUUGCUUCUUCCCCAGCUAUGACAAGGAAUCCACCGUCACGCCAGGCUACUACACUCUCAUUGAGUAGCCUUCAUGAGGAAUCCGUAACAUCAUCGCAGGCAAGCAUACGAUCAGAAGAGCGGAUAUCUUCACCACAACCACCUUUUCCGCAAGAGAAACCCCUAGUCCAUUCGCAACAUAGCAUCGAUCAACGACUCGUGGGCUCACGCCAGAGUCUUCAGUCCGAUAAUUCUUUGGCUGGCUCACAGCAGAGUCUUAGAGAUGAAUACUCCGUCGAUCACGAGUCUCCAGAGCACGAAUACCCUCUUGGCGACAGUGAGGAUGCACUUGGAAUCCCAUAUGAAUUCUCAAGCCCUCAGGGCGAUGACGCAGAAGACAGCCCAGUGACCCCCCGGGCAUCGAUGUAUCACGAUUUCAGUAACAGUCCCAACGACGAACCUGUAUUUCACUCAACGUUUCUUCCUGGAGAACACGGCUCUCAUUCAGCUGCGCUGGAGAACGAAAGACCUCAGUGGACGAUAGCAGAACGGGAAGCCAGAUCUGCACCGACACUCGAGACGCCGACGACACAUGUUAAUUUGGAAGCUUCUAGCAGGGGCAUUUCCAACGAGCAGCUUAGCCGGACUUCUUCAAGUGAGAGUUUUGGUGCGAGAUCGGCUGAAGAUCUGGCAAAGUCUCAUAUGUACACACAUGAAGAAGCAGAGAGUAUGUACAUGAGUGCUUUCUCACAGACUAACGCUCAAUCAGCGACCUUUUUUUCACCAGUUGCUUCUCAUAGCAAUACACCUUCGCCAAAACUCCAAAAUGAAUUGACCGAAGAGGUGGAACAAUUAUCUGAGCCAACUAAACCUGUUGAGCCAGUUGAGACAGCGGUAACUCCACCUACGACUGCGCAUACACCUGUGGCAAACGAAGAAACCAAGCCAGACACCAUAGAUGCAAAGCCCGACAUGCCAGAAGUGACUCCUUCUCAGACAUCGGAUGUCAAGCCUUCGAGCCCCGAGUUACAAGAGGCUCCAGCCACUGUGCCAGUGGAACAACAGUCGAAGCCUUUCAUUCCCGGCGCUUGGGAAGAUGAUGACGACGAUGAUGAUCCUUCAGGGAAUGUUAUGGCACCAUCCACUACCUUGAGACGCUCGAUCUAUCGGAAAGAGGAUCAAGCAAUAUCAUCAGAUGCUUCAGAUAGCGAAUCUUCAGAGCCUGCGUUUUCAAGGGCAUGUCUUACUGAUGCUGACCCAGAGAAUCCAAGUACGCCUAUCAGACAACAGGAAGAUGUUGCUACUCCCAAGGGACCGACGCGUCUUGUCAAGGAGAUUUUGAAUUUGAAAACCAUCUCGAUAUAUAUCCCAUCACAGCACCAGCAUCUGCAUGUUCAGCCUACAUCGCCAGAAUCUGUAGCCCAACUUCUGCAGCCAAUGGGACGGUCUACAUACCACCAAGCUCCAGGUGCCUUUUCGAUGCAUGGGGCGGCUUCCAUGCACCAGAACAAGGCUACAUCAGGAGCUUCGAAAAUUGACGAAACACUAGAGGUGAAUUUGUCACCCAUAAGUCUUCAAUUCGAUGCCUCUUUGGGUUUCUUACUCGCGAUGGUUGUUGGGAAGCUUCUGGAUGCUGUGAAAGACAAGAAAGCACCCCCAGUUGAGAGCACGAAGCAGGAGACUAGCCCAAAGAAGAUGCCUAACCUCAAGAUAACAUUGGAGGAGAUCAAACUCGACUUUAUCAAUCGCUUGGGGGGAUCUCAGAUACACCUGAGCGAAGUUCUGCUCAACACAACUUUGCAAAACUUGGUUAUUUUCAUCUCCGAGACUGAGAUAUCAACACCGCCAGUUAUUAAGGGCAAAUUGGCGACACAGCCAGCUAUUCUGACCAAGAUAGACUUGCAGAAGUUCCGCUUCGGGUAUGCAAACGGCGACAUCAUAUCCUUCGACAAGGGCAAGCCGAUGGGUUCAUCAGUUAGAGAAACAUUUCUAUCAGCAGGCUCUGAUAUUGGAAUUGAAAUCCUUCAAUCAGGCGGCAAAACUAAAACAGAGGUCCAGACGCUACCCCUUGUUUUCCAACUUGAUCUGCGACGGCUCGAUGAGACAUUCAGCUGGUUCGGUGGCCUUAGCAGCUUCCUUAAUAUGAGUGCUUCGAUGGCCUCGAGCCCUGCCCCAACACCCAAGCCAGCUGCUCCUACACCAAAGCCUAGAGGGGUUCGAUUCGAUACCCCAGUUGAUCCGAAUGACAAAUCCAUGGCAUCACAAAAUAAGAUUAACGUGCGCUUUGGAGGCGCUUAUGUGGAGCUCAUCGGAAAAGACUGCAGCAUGCUGGUUGAAACCAGUUCCAUUAAGGCUGUGAGCCGUGAUGAGGUCAUAGGCUUGGGGUGCGGCAUGAUGCGAAUAUCAGGGCCAUACUUAAAGAACUCAACAGCAGAUCCUCCUAUUAACACCGAGAUCACCACAGUUCGAGUCGAGUUCUUGACGACCCCUAAUGAUUCAGAUCUCGAGAAACUUCUAGAGCUUAUCAUCCCUUCAAAGCAUCAAUUCGAUGGCGAUAACGACGAGAUCAUGGUUGAUACUUUGCUACGUCAGCGAAGAAAGGGCUCCGUAUUGAGACUCUCGGUCGAUGGUGUGAAUGUUCGCGUUCAAAACAUGACCCAGCUCUCAGUUCUACCGAACCUUGGUGAGGAAGUUGCAAAGCUUUCUACCGUCGCAAAAUAUUUGCCUGAGGAUGACCGACCCGGCUUAUUGACGUUGACAAAGAUCCAAAAGGUUGCACUGAGUCUAGACUUUGGCGGCAAGCUUGGUCAUCUCGGUGCGGACAUCAAAGAUCUUCAUGUAGGCCAUAUCACGGUCCCUUCACUUGUUGCCAUAGCUAUACACGACCUUUCCGUGAAGAGGAAUAGGUCAGAAGAGCUGGUUAGCACGUCAACAUAUGGAACCAAGGAAAUCUCACUUCGUGGUCCAGUCUUGAUGGCGCGGAUGAUCGGCGACGAGAUCGAGCCAGUUAUCAAGUUGAAGAUGCAAGAUCUGUGCAUUGAGUACCGCGUCCCUACGAUCAUGGAUAUUCUCGAGCUUGGAGAAGACGCCACACCCCAAGAUUUCGAAGCCAGCCUUGCUACCUCAGUAGCAAACCUCGGUGACCAGGCGCAUCAUGCUUUAGCUGGGCAGCCUGGCUCUCCCGGUGAGCAGAACAAGGGUGGGAAGCCGAUGACUCUGGAUAUUGGGUUCCGAGAUUGCCUUUUGGGACUUAACCCGCUGGGCCAACCCUCGAAGAUGGUGAUCGCUCUCACAGAUGCUCAUCUUGUCGCUGUAUUGCCCAAGGACGUAGAAACCAAUGCUCUCUUCACCAUCAACAAGUCGUCCAUCUUGCUGAUCAACGACAUUGCCGAAGUUGCAACAAGCGAACUUCCAGUAACUCAAAGACCGCGAGCCUCAUCUUCGACAUCUCGCCAGGUAGCGGACAUGUGCGCGAGAGGAUAUGUGGACAUUUGCUACAUCUCAUCCGCUAAGGUCGUAGUCGAUGUGAAGGAACUUGAUGAUGGAGAGAAGCAGCUUUGUGUUGAGCUCAAGGAUGACCUUCUUGUUCUGGAAACGUGCGCUGAUUCAACACAAACACUGAUCUCCUUGGCGAAUGCGCUGAAACCUCCAACUCCACCAAGUAAGGAGAACAAGUACCUUACAGAUGUAGUCCCCAUGCAGGAUCUACUCGCUUCUAUUUCAGCUGAAGCUUUCGGUAGGCCCGAGGGAGAGUACGACUUUGACCAAGACUUUGCUGGUGCUCAGGAGAUGGCGGGGAGCGAUUCAGAGGCGGACUAUAACACAGACAGUCCGCUGCAAGUUCAGUCACAAUUCUACGACGAGGAGCCAGUGGCCGAGGAACUUUUCGACGCCACGAGUAGCUCUAUUAUCUCACAUGGGACGCACCGCUCCGGGCCUCAGAUGAAAGAUACCAACGAGGGCGUAUUGCUGACUGGGUUUGGAUCAGCGAGCCAGCAAACAGUUGACUCUGACGAUCUUGUGAUCCAGGAAGACUACUAUGGUAGCGGCGCUUCGAAGGACAGCAAAGCCAAGAUCUGGAAUUCGAAGAAGAACAGCUACGAUCGAGCACCCAGCGACUUGGUGAAGCGCAGCCCUAUUAAGGUAUCUGUACGAGACGUACAUGUUAUAUGGAACCUUUUUGAUGGCUAUGACUGGGUUCACACUCGAAAUGUCAUAACGAAGGCAGUUCAAGAUGUUGAAGCCAAGGCAUACGAACGACAGGCCCGUGCUGGUCAAGUCCACGUCUAUGAGGAAGAGCUGGAGGAUGAAGAGGCCAUCGGAGACUUUCUCUUUAAUUCUAUCUACAUCGGCAUCCCAGCAAACCGUGAUCCCCAAGAACUAUCUCGAGCUAUCAAUGAAGGCUUGAACGACAAUGCAACAGAGACUGAAUCGGUUGCAACCACGGCUUUCACUUCUGCUACCAACAGGACAGCACGUGCUCGUCAACCAAAGUCGAAGCGACUUAAGCUCAAACGCAGCAAGCAUCACAAGAUCACUUUUGAGUUGCGAGGUGUUGAUGCGGAUUUCACAGAUAUCCGCAUUGACAACCUGGACAUAUUCGACCACGACAUGGGAGAGCGAGAGAUGGGCACCAGCAUGGUUCAUCUUGAACUGCUCAACGUCAAGCCGCAGCCCUCGCUGGAGGCGCUGCAUGUAGAUCAGGAUGCUCUUGAUUUCAUCACACGCUUUUUCGAGUUCAAGGAUGAUCAAGUGCCUGUUCACACAGCUGAGGUCAACAACGUAGCAGUAAAGCUCGAUUUCAAGCCCAAGAGAGUUGACUAUGCUGGUCUUCGAUCUGGACACACCACUGAAUUCAUGAACUUCAUCGUUCUCGAAGAGGCGAGAAUGGUUCUGCGCCAUCUUGGUAAGACCCUCAACGAUAUCUGGAUGCCUGAUGUCAAGGCAAACCAGCUGCCUGGCAUUCUAGCUGGUCUCGCACCUGUUCGUUCUCUCGUCAAUGUGGGUAGCGGUUUCAGAGACCUCGUUGAGGUGCCUAUUCGCGAUAUAUCGAAGGGUGCCACUGCCUUUGCUCGCACGACCGGUACCGAACUGGUUAAGUUGGGUGCCAAGCUUGCUGGCAUGCUUUCAGAUCCUCAACAAGCAUACGAAGGCUGGGAUGAGGAUGACAUGGACCCAGAAGAACAGAGACAAAUCUCUCUCUAUGCAGAUCAACCGACGGGUGUCAUCUCGGGCAUUCGAGGCGGAUACCGAUCUCUUGCCAGAGAUGUGAACCUCGUGCGUGAUGCCAUCAUUGCGGUUCCUGGCGAGGCUGUACUAAAGCGAGCACCGACGAUUAUUUUCAGACCUGCUGUCGCGACCAACUCGAUUGAUCCCCACAACAGACGAAGGAUUGAGGAGAAAUACAAACGAUACUAAGUCGCUUCGUUGGCUCGGUGAAUAUAUCUAGAACACGACAAGAAUGUUGGCAACAUAUGAUGGCGCAAUGAUUUUGAGAUGCCAAUCACAUCGGAGUAUCACAGGUGUCUCUGGUCUCCCAUGUCCUCUUCAUCUUCAUCUCGGUGUUUUCUCACCGAUUCUGCAUAUAGCGGUGCUCGGACCAAAGGGAUGUUUUGUUCUUUAAGAAAGAGGCAUGUUUUCUUCAUGCACUCGUCUAUGAUAGAUCGGCAAAAACAGGACAUGCAUUUAGAUGCAUAACAUAGACCCUGGGGGGGACAGACAUGCGUUAAAUGAUUUUUUCUUUUCACAUUUAGCUAGGAGUUGGAUUAUGCCUUGGAAGGUUCUUUGUCUCAUGGAUGUUUCCUAUUGUUGGGACUGGAUUUGAUACUAUAGAUACCUGUAACAGAAUGAAAGAGUGAUCGCCCAAAGUUUGUUG